AUGGCGUGCACAACCAAUUUCAAGAUGUUUCCAUCUUUAGUGAAGAAAAUGACUAAAAAAAAGCAGUUUGAUGACACUAAUAUUUCUCAGAGUAGUCUAGCAAGAGUACUUACACUUUUUGAUCUCAUUGCACUGGGUGCUGGCAGCACACUUGGCCUUGGUGCAUAUGUCGUGUCUGGAUCUGUGUCAAGAAAUGAAGCUGGUCCAGCAAUAGCAAUCUCAUUUUUCAUUGCAGCUGUAGCAUCAUUGUUGGCAGGUUUGUGUUAUGCCGAGUUUGCAGCUCGAGUUCCUCGUGCAGGAUCUGCUUACAUUUACAGUUAUGUUACUGUAGGUGAAUUUAUAGCCUUUCUCAUAGGUUGGAAUCUCAUUCUGGAAUAUGUGAUAGGUGCAGCUAGUGUAGCCAGAGGUCUAACUGGAUAUAUUGACUCAUUAGUAAAUAAUUCUAUUUCAAAUGCUUGCAGGCAAGCAAUGCCAAUUAAUAUUGAAUUUUUAUCUGAUUAUCCAGAUUUUUUGGCAUUUGGACUAACUUUUCUCCUCACAGUUCUUCUGGCGUUUGGUGUGAAGGAGUCAUCAAUCAUUAGCAACAUAAUGGGUGUAGCUAAUAUUGGUGUUUUAACUUUUGCCAUCAUUGCCGGUGCAUUGAAAGGUAACAUAGAUAACUGGCAAAUACAAAAGAAUGAAAUACCUGACAGUUAUAAUGGUGGUGAAGGUGGAUACGUACCAUUUGGAAUUGCUGGAAUUAUCAAAGGAGCAGCAACUUGUUUUUACGCUUUUGUUGGCUUUGAUGCUGUAGCUACAACAGGAGAGGAAGCUCUAAAUCCGAAGCGAAACAUUCCUUUGUCUAUUAUAAUCUCGCUGUUUAUUGUCUUUUGCUACUACUUUGGAAUUUCAUCAGUGCUUACCCUCAUGCUUCCAUACUACCAACAGGAUACGAGUGCCCCACUAUCAUAUGCAUUUCAAGAGGUUGGUUGGGACUGGGCAGCAUGGAUCGUAAGUGUGGGAGCAAUAUUUGGUCUUGGAGCAAGCUUCCUUGGAGCAAUGUUUCCACUUCCACGGAUAAUCUAUGCUAUGUCUGAAGACCGUUUGCUUUUUCCAUUCUUGGGAAAGGUACAUCACAGAUUUAAAACUCCUUUCAUUGGAACCAUUUGUGCUGGAAUCAUCACCGCUUUUAUGGCACUCAUCUUCAAUGUGGAUCAGCUAGUUAGCAUGCUAUCAAUAGGAACAUUGACAGCAUAUUCUAUGGUCUCUGCAUGUGUGCUACUGUUAAGGUAUACAGGAGAAACUGAAGACCAUCUACAAAUUGAGGAGAAAGAUGCUGGGAAACAAAACACAGAUUCAGCUGAAGGAACCAGAAUUAAACAAUCAAAUAUUAUAGCUACUGGGAGACAAAUACUAAACAUUGACAAAUUUAAAAGGCCAACAAAAUUGUCAACAAAAAUUGUUGCAUAUGAAAUUGUGUUAUAUUUAAUCCUAUGCAUCCUGACAUCACAGCUUGUAAUACAAGCAGGCUCAUCUAUUGAAGCAGUAAACCCAUUGGCCAUAUCAGGUCUCAUUAUUGUUUUACUGUGUAUUGUCUGUAUAUUGAUUUCCAUUGGACGGCAACCAGUGUCAGAAAAGGAAUUAACUUUUAAGGUACCAUUUAUACCAAUUCUGCCUGCAAUAUGUAUUUUUGUCAACACUUAUUUAAUGAUGAUGUUGGAUGUAUUCACAUGGAUCCGAUUUGGUGUAUGGCUCAUUAUAGGGCUCUUGAUUUACUUCACAAUUGGUUACUGUAUCAGUGACCCAAAGGACAAAAACACAAAUGAUGUUACUGCACAGGGGCUGGAUAAUUUGGCAUACACGGAAAAUGCUGAAUGA